UUUUCAAAUUGGUCACGGUGUUGUCCGAGAUAAGUGUCAAGGAAGGCUUGAGUACCUGUAAGCAACAUGAAGUUUGCAUCUGUAUUUGUCCUUUUCUUCUGCUCUACUUUCAAGAAAUCCCAAGGAAAGUCGAAGCCCAAACCGGCCUGUGAAUACCCCCCGUUGCAGUGGUGUAGGAGUUUGGAAAUUGCAAUACAAUGUAGGGUACGUUUGGAUCAUCAACAUUGAAUAACUGCGCUGAGACAUUAUAAUGACAAUUGCUGGGCUCUGUUUUGGUUUCUUUUAUCAAAUCUAUUUUCAUGUUUUUUUAUUCUGCCCUGUAGUAGUUUUUAAUCUGUCGCAUGCAAGCUAUUGCAGGAGUUGUUCAGUUGAAUUAUUAAAUUACUUGUCAUUUUCUACAAAUCAAAUGUCCUAUUUGUGUAAUAUCACCAAACAUUAAGACAUUCUCCUGCUAUUUCCAUGUUAUAGGGCAAUAUGUAAAUGUGAGUAUAUUCCCAAACAUUGUUCUACAGGAUUGUGGGUUCAGUCUAAAUUGAUGUUCAAAGAGUUCCUUGUCCAUGAUUGAAUGAGUCAUGCUUUUGAAAUUGUGCACCAGAGGUCCUACAUUUCGUGAGGGCAUGUGACUGAAGCCAAACCUUGAUGAGAAUGUGACGCCGACAAGCUGUUUAGUUUCGGUUCAAGUUAAGACCUUAAAUUUGUCUUGAUGAAUUAAAGCCCUCCAUUUUACUAUGAUUUCUAAACAUUCAAACUGUAACUGGGGGCUGCAAGUGGUGUGGUUCCCACAAUAUCCAUGUACUCCGAUGAAUUCCAGGCAAGUAAUUAUUUGUCUAAUUGAAACAAAGUAAGCCUGCGCGCUUUCUCUGAACAUGUAUCCUGUCUAGGUUCAGAAGCAGUGUCUAGAGCUCAAUGCUACCAGGCCCAACUUGCCGGUACCCCGAGUGGAGGUGACCCUGUACUAUGAGAGCCUGUGUCCAGACUGCAGGGCCUUCCUCACCCAGCAGCUCUUCCCCACCUGGGCCAUGCUCCACGACAUCAUGGACGUCAAACUGGUGCCCUACGGCAAUGCACAGGUAGGCCUCUUCUCGAAGUGAGGAGCACUGGGUCAUGUUCAGUAGGGCACAUUGUAAAAGUAGAGAAGUUCAGGUUGUACCUCAGUACAGACAUUUUAAUAGAUCCAUUCUCACUUCCAGACUAUUGAAUAAGAACAUUAGAGAAAUCAACAGUAAUUACAUAAGUAAAUAUUGUGUUGUGUUAAUGCUGCAGCCUUUUUCCUGGUGUUCUUUCACAGGAGCUUCCCUCAGGGAAUUCUCCGUUCACCUGUCAACAUGGAGAACCAGAGUGUCAUGGUAACAUGAUUGAGGUGCGCCUGCCAAUAAAAUGGCAAAUGUCGGAACUGCUUGUAACCUGAAAUAUCGUUGAUUCAUGAGUUCAUACCUUCCGCUUAGGCAUGUGUUCUACAUUCAGUGGGUCUGUACUCAGCAUUCCCGGUCAUUUACUGCAUGGAAUCUGCAGCUAAUGUUCUUGAUGCUGCCCAACCUGUGAGUAUUGUACUGGUUUUAACCUGUCUUUGCUGUUGCUAUUCUCUUCAUUCAAAAUGCAUUUGUGCACCUAUGUUUACAUCAAGGGCUCUGGUUGUAUUGGUUCUAACAAGCAUUCUGUUCUCCUCUAGUGCUUACAGCUGCACGUCCCUUCCAUGAUGUGGGACAGUGUCACAUCCUGUGUGAAGGGAGAGCUUGGCUUCAAACUGAUGCAUGAGAACGCCCUGAAGACCAAAGCUCUCAGUCCGGCCAAAACACACGUCCCCUGGGUGACUAUUAAUGGGGUAAGAAGACCCUGCCGGGACUGAAACUAGGUGCACAAUGUGGCUAUAGUACAGCCAGUGGUGAGCAUUUACUGAUUAUCCACAAUGGGGGUAAUGCUUUUUGAAAGGAUACCCUGCUACUUAAAACACUUCAGUGUAUAGUAGGUCAUGCAAUCAAACACUAUGUGCCAGUGUCAAAAUCCUCUACAUGACAUUCCAAUUCCUCCUCCUUUGCAGGAAUACACAGAUGACUUUCAGGACAAAGCAAUGUCAUCGCUUUUCAACUUGGUCUGCAGAAUGUACAAGGUGAGUUGAAGGGGACUGGUCCUUGUUUGAGGUUCAAUAUUAAUUACAUUUAAAUUCUUAAACUGUGAUCAACAUGUACUUGGUCAUGGGCUGAGCUAAAAUGUAAUCAUCACCCAUAUUUGUCCACAGGGAGGCAAACCCCCUGCCUGUACUGGCGCGCAGAAGAAACUAGACAGGCGUUUGUGCUGAAACCAACAGUCAUUCUGCAUGCCAUUCAUGUUUUUGAAAUAUAUUUUAUGAUAUAUGUACCAGUUUCCCCUCAUGAUCUGUGAUGAACUUGCAUGGUCUUUCAAAAACAUCAGUUGCUAAUUUGUUGAUGAACUGUAUUUCAUGAAUUGUAAGACUAUAUUUUGUCAGUGUGAUUCUACGAUGUGUUAAAUAACUCCCUA